AGCUAGAGUAGUUACCAACUUCCGGCAGACAAGGCAACAACCGCCAACUUGCUUGCUUGGCGUUAAAUGUAUAUAUCGAUAUUUAUACUCUAAAUUCGAUAUUAAGUCGGGGCUGUUCUCGACACUGCUAACGCUAGCUAUAUAACAGCUAUAGAUCCAGUAGUAAACGCCUUUAUGGGUAAAUAACGUGCUGUUAGAAACACAGCAGCAUUAUCAUACUGGACCUGUUUACUAUAUUAAGCUAGCUUUAACUUAGCUCUUUAAAAAGUCAUUUCUCCAUAAUAUUUUGUUGAAAAUGACGUUUUUUCUGCUGUCUCGGUGACAGCUUAUAACCAGCGCUGUGCUGAACCGUGGUUUUACAGCGGAAACAGCUGUGAAAUAUCGAUAAACAGUGUAUUUCAGUUCUAUACAUAGCUGUUAACUGCAGUAUUAGCUACCCAGCCUCCUAAAAUCAUGCUUCGCCGAAAACCAACACGACUGGAGCUGAAGCUGGACGAUACCGAGGAGUUUGAAGGAGUGAAGAAGGAGCUUGAGAGUCGGAAGAAACAGCGAGAUGAAGUGGAUGUGGUUGGAGUUCCAACAUCAAGUGAGAUGAGCGGUGCUUCAGGAGGUGCUGAGGGCAAGACCAGAGAGCAGAUGAUCCACGAGCGAAUCGGAUACAAACCUCACCCAAAGCCAAACACUCUACCAUCAUUAUUUGGAAACCUUCAGUUUUGAGCGGAGGACUGUGUAAAGUGUGCAACAGUGCCAUUAUGACUUUAAAGUAACCUGUUUUGCUAUGGGCUGAGAAGAGGAUCAAAGUCAUAACCACUGCAUUUUAAGGACUAACCAGGCAAAGUUGUUUCCUUGCUUAUUUUUGCAAGCAUUCUCUUAUUUGUUAGAGAUCAAUAAAAUCUCCCUCUAUUUUCUAAAA